AUGAGAGCCCAUAUUGCCGAUGCGACACCGAAACCCCUAGAGCUUUCCUCCUUCGACAUCGGUCGCACCGCAAUAUGUAUUUGCCGGUGUGCAACCUCAAUACUUGCUGGCGUAUUUGCCACAUUAGAUAUCACUCCCUUUACUUACCAGUAUUCUACGACCUGCUUCGAGUUUAUAGCUUCUACUAUUUCCUCCGCCUUGGUCAGUAAAUUAUGCUGCGGUUUUCUAAAUUUUCCACUGCCUGGAGACGAUUAUCUGUAUUUCAGAAGGAAAUAAACAACCAUUAUUACCUACUCUGUUCAAAAAUGCAUAUCAUUAUUUCACAUAACCUUUGAAUAUAAAUAUUUUUUUCCCUAAAUUUGCAGUAGUCAAAAAAUUUUCCUAGUUGCAAUAUUUGGCAUUUAACGUCCUUCUUUCCUAUUGGCCGUCCGCUGCAUUGGUUCUGGGGCUGUCGCAAAUUUGCAGGUGGCGGGUUAUUCAAUUGGAGUUUAUUUAUCGAGAGUUGCCUCUUGUUUGUUUUUUUUAUUAACGGGCCCACUCCCAACGCCAUAUGUAGGCGUUAAAGAAGAAUUUCAACAGAAAUCUACCUAUUUUCUAAGUUCUCUUGCAUGCAUUUCCCUCCCCCCCCCUUUCUCAAUGAUGCCCCACCAGUAAAAACCAUAUAACCACCGUUUCCGUAGAACACGACCGCGAAGGUACUGGUUGCGAAGUGGGGUUACACAACCCACUGUUUCCAGUUAAGCUUUUUAAUUUCCUCAAAAAAGUUGACGUAUCAAGUUGGCGUAAAUUUUUUUGGCAUAAAACCGCUCAGAUGGGGUAGAAUGUUUUGGUUAACGUCAUCCUACCCCCUCUUUCCUUAGUUCACUGCAGAUUUGAGCAGAAGUAACCCGAACGAACAUUUUAAACAGCGCGAAAAUUGAUUACCAAGACUGAGUCAGACUGAGUUCCAGACCGUUCUCGCGUGAUUUUGAGUACUGUCGAUCGAGAGUCCUCAUAAACAUCAAAUUACCUGCCAAGUGGCCCACGAUGUGCAGAUUUUUGGGUCUAUUUUAGUCUCUCCGAGAAGUUGUUGGAUCUUUUCACAGUAUCACGGUACUUAGGCGGGCGACACAGUACAAAACACAGAUCGUAGUUGACAGGAGUGAGCUCUAGCCCUGAGGGCGUAUCAGUCACAGAAGGCGCACCCCAGGUCCCUCAUCGCGUAAAUCUUGGCGUUUCGGUGAAGCGGCAAUCGAUGUACAGUUAGUGACCUAACUCGUGAAAUGUGUCGGAAUUUACGAAUGAUUGCCAAUCGCUCGCAAACCGACACUAUUUCAUGAGUCCAAUAGCUAUGUUAAUUAAGUACAAGUUUAAAAGAAUUAAAAACAUAAAAGAAAUAGUAGAGGCAGUGUUGCGUUGUUUAGAAAUGCCGAUUUAUUUUGAAAAGCGCAAUAUCCCGAAAACGUCAGAAAUGGCUCUUAUUUAGUAAACUUCGUUUUUUAUGUAUAGAAUGUAUUCUCGUACCAAAAACGUAGUAAAUAUGAAAGUAAACAUAAAAUAAUGUCUAAUGAUAGUGCUUUAGUGAAGGUUCAUCUAAAUAACGUUUAAUGAGUAGCGUGAUUUCAUAUAUGACGUUUUGUCAACUGCCUACAUUCUGAGUGUAGAUUCCAAAACACUUUUUCGGUGAUUCGUGUUUUUUUUUAUUUUCUUGAAGUGAAUGAGAUGGGGUUCAACAAGAGAAGCUGGAUUUUGCUUGAUUUCGCCGAUGGGGACGUCGUAGGAUCAAAAGUUUUCAUAAGGUGACAUGCCAUGAGACCGGUCGGUGCCUAAUAAAUUUAAAUAGAACUGACAGGCGUGAUCGCAAACAUACCAUUUCGUGUUAUACAGAGAACUCUUCCUCCGUUAAAUUAAUUUACACUUCCCAUUCGUUUUCGAUUACGUUGAGUUUCAGAUCGGCCUCGAAAUAUUGCUGAGUACUUCAUGAUUUUCAGUGUUUUCACCCGAUCUUUCAUAAAGACAGAUUCUGAAUUACCUGUCUGUUGAAAACUUUAAAAUAAGAUUAUUCUUGAAGGCAUUUACCGAAUUAGUGAGUGUUCGGGCGCUCCUUUUCACGAAGAAGGUCGUUUGGGCCACAUGUGAAGACUCAUUCGAACAUCAAACUUCAUUUUCGAGAAAAAUGUCUGUCCACAACGAAAUUCAGCAACGAAUAUGCCUCCGAUCGAUAAGAAAACUUUCCUUAAGAAGUUACCUCUUCAAGAAGGGCUUUAUUACUGCACUCCUUUGACGGAUCUCUGUGUACUUAGCAUUUUUGCACGGUAAGGCUGUGUAAAAAUUUGACGCUUUUGGCCGUUUCUUUCGCGUUCCUGAGAAAUACUGCUAUUUUUCCACCGUGAACGCAAGAACAUGUCUUAUUUUAUAUAUUGAGGCCAUUUCCACUGUUUUUGCUCGCUUUUAGACUCCGUUCUUCGAGUAUGAAUGCACGGCAGAGCGCCCAUAUGAAUACUGAUAUUUUGCUGAAACUAUUAGUGUUUUGCUCGUUCUAUUCCUGAAUAAGGUAUGCAUAGAAAAUAAACUACACGAAAAGUAGUGUUUCAUAUAUUCAAAACUGGAAAUGACCAUUCGGUGGUGGUCAGUUAUGUGACAUCAGGUAGAAUUUUCCAAACGGGAAAACAAUUUCAGCCAACUAAAACGAAUAAAUCCCUAUCUGCGUUAUUAUUGUACUUUAGGGCACCAAAUCGCACAGAUCUGCUAAGUUGACAUUUGGGAAUCGAUAAAACCUAUGGUUUUCCUAAAAUAACCUUUCUGUUAGCAGGUUGGUCACCAUGGUUAACAUCGGACAUAAAAUAAAUUUUCAAGGUCAGUUAAAUCUGUUUAUUAAAGCUCUAGCGGGUAAAUUACUAUCCUUUUCAUGAAAAAGUCGCUCAGAUGUGUAACCGGAGUCUAGGACAUGUAUUAGCAUAGUAAAUUGCACGAAUAUAUUCCAACGUCCAUUUUCGCUCAAAUUUGCUGGUAUUUUACUUCAUAUAAAAACGUAAAUACAAUUUCUGCACAAGAAAAGGACAUUUCAUUGAAGGAUGUGCAUGAGCAAAAAACGUGCUCAAAGUAAAAGGCGUCCAGAAAUUCUUGCAUCAGUUUCCGUUAUCAGAUUUCAUGAGAUAGGUCACGUGCUGUAACAUUCAGCUUUGGUGCGUUGUCUUGACUGGCCCAAUCAGACUGAGCGACGUGACGGCCUGAACGGCUGCGCACUUUGUUUGUCCUGGUGGUAGCCACAAUAACCAUACUCAUUCUCCUCAUCCUACCUCUUCUACAUCUUCCUCUGCCUAUUCUUCUCCUGCGUCACCUUCUUCUCCACCUCCUUCCCGUCGCCCCACUCGUUGUCACCAGACUGGCAGGGUGAGUCCGCUCACUCUGGCAGCCUGGAAUGUUCGUUCCCUUUUAGACAAUCCGAGGAGCAACCGACCGGAACGGAGGACGGCUCUAGUGGCACGAGAACUGGCGCGCUACAAGGUGGACAUCGCCGCACUCAGCGAGACCCGAUUCUCCGAACAAGGCCAACUGGAGGAGGUGGGUGCCGGUUACACCUUCUACUGGAGUGGUCGACCCAGGACAGAGCGACGAGACGCGGGUGUCGCCUUCGCCAUCCGGAACGACAUCGUGGGACGACUGCCCUGUCUGCCGCAGGGCAUCAACGAUCGCCUGAUGAGCCUCCGUCUGCCUCUGCGCCGGGGUGGGGGCAAAUUCGCCACCAUCAUCAGCGUCUACGCUCCGCCGAUGACCAGCCCCGACGCCGCUGCAAGGGACAAAUUCUACGAGGACCUGCACGCCCUCUUGGCGACUGUGCCGAAGGCGGACAAGUUGAUUGUCCUUGGUGACUUCAACGCCCGCGUCGGCACAGACCAUACUGCCUGGAGAGGAGUGCUGGGUCCCCACGGUCUCCGCGGCUCGAACGCCAAUGGUCUGCUUCUCCUCCGCACCUGCGCAGAACACCGCCUCAUCCUGACGAACACCUUCUUCUGUCUGCCGGAGCGAGAGAAGGCCACCUGGAGGCAUCCUCGGUCGCGUCAGUGGCACCUGCUGGACUAUGUCCUCGUCCGGAGGCGAGAUCAGCGGGACGUGCUGGUGACGAAGGCGAUCGCGGGUGCUGACGGGUGGACCGACCAUCGCCUCGUCAUCUCGAAGAUGCGUGUUCGCCUACAGCCUCGCAGGAGACCACAAGGUAAGCGACCCCCAGGUAAGCUGAAUGUUGCCUUGUUGUCUUUGCCCGCUCAUCAUCUUCAUUUCAGCAAUGAGCUAGCUCAAAGGCUAGACAACCUUCCAAUCGCUGCCGCCGCCGCUGCCGAGAACGCCUCCGUGGAGAACCGCUGGUGUCAACUGCGAGACACGGUCCAGUCAACGGCACUCGCCGUCCUCGGUCGCGCUCCCCGCCAACACCAGGACUGGUUUGAUGACAACGACGCCGCAAUCAGAAAUCUACUUGCUGAGAAGAACCGCCUACACAAAGCCUACGUAGAUCACCCCACCGAGGACAACAAAGCGGCCUUCUACCGCAGUCGCCGCCAACUUCAGCAACGACUGCGCGAGAUGCAGGACGCCUGGACUGCUCGCAAAGCUGAGGAGAUCCAAGGGUACGCGGACCGCAACGAAUGGAAGAACUUCUUCUCCGCGAUCAAAGCUGUCUACGGUCCGCCGACGAAGGGCACUGCUCCUCUCCUCAGCGCCGACGGCAGCACUCUCCUGACUGAGAAGACGUAA